AUGGCAGCAUUUCAAAGCACUAAGUUAACAAGUAUUGAUAUUCCAAAAAGCUUACUAUAUGUUGACAAUUUGGAUGAUUCUACAUUUUGGGGUGGAGUUUUCCAAUAUAAUAUAAAUUUAAUGUCGAUUAAUAUUCCGUAUGAUAGUUCAUUAAAAAGUAUUGGCUAUUAUGUUGCUUCAGGAGCUCCAUUUACCCGAAUUUUUAUUCCAAAGUUUUGCUACAUAACUAAGCAACCAUUUAUGUGGAAUGGAAAUCUCCAGACAAUUGAAUUACAUCCAGAAAAUCCUUAUCAUAAACUAUAUAAAGGGUGCCUCUAUUCAUAUGAUUACUCAUCUCUUUGUUGCGUUCCUGCAGAUCUUCAAGAAAAUUUUGAAUUUCAUCCAUUUUGUUAUAAAUUAAAUUUUGCUUGCUUUCAUGCUUUUCAUAUUAAAAUUGAUCUCGUUAUUCCCCCUCAAAUUAAUGAAAGUGAGACGCUUCCUUUUUAUGAAUGUUACCCUCGCUCAAUAAUAUUUGAAAAUAAUUUUGAUUGUUUUGACAGAGAAUACUUUCGAGGAUCAAAUUCCAGAUUAGUUUUACCAAAGAUUCUGAAGAUUGUUAAUGCAAAAAGUUUUAAUUAUAUUUUGAGUAGUUAUAUAGAGUUCUAUUCUGAAAUGGAGUUGAUCAAAUCAAAUGCAUUUAAUAACUGUCCUUAUUUGGAGUUUGUUAAGUUUAACAAAUUAAAAAAUCCAUUGAUGAUAGAGACAAAUGCAUUUGUUAAUUGUCUAAAGCUGAAAGAAAUUAUUUUUCCAUUUGAAAGUGCUGAUUUUACAACAUUUAAUUCUUCUGCUCUUUCAAUGUGUAAUUCAUUUAAAGGAAUUAAAUACUAUCUAACAUUAACUAAAAACAUCAGGCAACAAGCAUUUAAAUCAAACGAUUUUAUCGAUAUCGAAGUUUAUUAUUCAGAUACUGAAAUAAACAAAAGUUGUGGACAUGUAACAAUUAAACAUCCAUUUGAUCAACAUUGUUCAAUAAACAUUAAUUCAUGUAAUAUAAAUGUUUACAGAUCAAUUUUUGAAUUAGAGUAUACAUGCACAUAUAUAUUUGUAAUCGAAUAA